AUGGAGCGGAGGCUCCCUUUUGAGCUGAAGGUCCUGGAAGCUGCCCUGGCCGAGACAGUCGAUGAGAUGUCCACAGAGGUCAGCGAGCUGGUGGACAGGGCCAUGCCAGCCCUGGACGCGCUAGUGCAACGAGUGUCUCGGCGCGAGCUGGACACUGUGCGGGAGGUGAAGGCUUCCUUGCAAGGAAUCUUCCAGAGGACGCAGCGCCUGCAGGAGGAGCUGGAGACUCUGCUGGAUGACGAUGAGGACAUGGCAGACAUGUAUCUCACCAGAAGGGCUCAAGCAGAGGAGAGGCGGCAUCGAUUCAAUGAGGACAGAAGACAUUCUGCCGCUGAACAAGGGCUUGACCAUCCACUGGAGGAGCACGUGGAGACAGUGUCCGACUCGUCCCUGGCAAGCUGCAACACGCCGCAUGGAUUCAGCCACCGCGUGGAAGUCAAGAGUCACGUUGAUCCCCGCUCUAUCGAGGAGUGCGAGAACCUGCUGGAAACUUACUUCAUGCAGGUGGAUUUCCUCAUCAGCCGCUUGAAUCUGCUGAAGGAGUCCAUCGAUGACACAGAGGACCUCAUCAACAUUGAGCUCGAUCAAAGGAGAAAUCAAAUCGUGGCAAUGAAUCUCAUCGUGUCAGUAUUUGCUGCUGGAUUUGGAUUGAUUGCAGCCAUUGCAGGGAUCUGUGGCAUGAACCUGCUGCCGCUGCCCAUCGAGGAUACCACGGCGCCUUUCAUUGGGGUGACGGUUGGCAGCUGUACAGCUGGGAUGCUGGUCAUUGUCAGCAUCCUUGCAUGGGCAAAGUACAAGAGAGUCCUUGACUUCAUUCCUCAGCUUGACUCAUGA